GAAAAGGAGUGGGAUUCUUGACGCGAUGUGGAGCGGUCGAAGGCUGAGCUCUUGUGGGGUUCGUUUUUUAGAAACGCUUGGCUCUGGGUGUCCCAGCGCAGUAGCCGAACCUCCUCGUGUGACUUCACGGUCGGGUGACUCAGGGAAUCAGCCCACUAGGAAUCUCCAGAUUAAGCCACGGAAAUUCACUGAGCACAGGACCAUGUGGUGUAGAAGCUACAGCAUGCCCGUUUCCUGUCUGACCAGAAUGAAAGCUUACAGGUCCCCUUGGCGAAGCUUAUGCAGUACUUCACAGACAACAGUUGACAGCAAGGAGGUAAAAACCUUCCUGGCCCUGGCUCACAAGUGGUGGGAUGAACAAGGAAUAUUUGCACCUCUUCAUUCUAUGAAUGACCUGAGGGUGCCAUUCAUUAGAGACAAUCUUUUGAAAACAAGUGCUAGUCACCAUCCAGGGAAACCUUUGUCUGGGAUGAAGAUUCUUGACGUUGGCUGUGGCGGAGGCUUAUUAACUGAACCUUUAGGGCGACUGGGGGCUUCAGUUACUGGAAUUGACCCUGUGGCUGAAAACAUUAAGAUAGCGCGGCACCAUAAGUCCUUUGAUCCAGUCCUGGAUGCGAGGAUAGAGUACAAAGUGUGCUCCCUGGAGGAGACCGUGAAGGAGACUGCACAAGUUUUUGAUGCUGUUGUGGCUUCUGAAGUUGUAGAGCAUGUGAUCGACCUCGAACUGUUCAUACAGUGCUGCUACCAAGUAUUAAAACCUGGUGGCUCUUUAUUCAUCACUACAAUCAACAAAACACAGCUGUCCUACGCCUUGGGCAUUGUUUUCUCAGAACAAAUCAUGGGCCUUGUUCCAAAAGGCACACACACAUGGGAAAAGUUUGUUUCACCUGAAAAGCUGGAGAGUAUUCUAGAACCAAAUGGUCUGUCAGUUCAUACUGUGGCAGGAAUGCUCUACAAUCCGUUCUCAGGCUACUGGCACUGGAGUGACAAUACCAGCCUUAACUAUGCAGCACAUGCUGUGAAAUCCAGUGCACAGGAACACCCUGGGCCUGCUGUGUCUGCUUUACAGGGGGAUGCAGAAACGCUCCAUGCUAAUGCCUCAAAUAGCCCGCGUGUACAUGAAGAGCUGAAGAAAGUAGGACAGUAGUAAUGUGCUUAAAAGUUUGUUGUUUACAGAUUCAGAAAGCUUAUUUUUUUUCAACAAGAGCCUGAAGAACAAAAGGUCAAUAAAAAUAUCUAAAUCAUUGGAGAAAAGUUUUUGUGUUACCUAAGAGACACUUGGAGAAAUUUUCUCAGGAGGUUUUGUCAAGUGUGCUAAAGGAGCUUUUAUUAUAGAAACACGUGUGUUCACUUCAUUUCAUUCUACAUACUAGGCAUUUCUCACAUGUGUAUACAAAACAUAUGCUGUUAUUUAUUUUAACCUAAGGAAUCUCUGUUGUUUGUGGUAUUUCUGUAUUUUUAGUUAAAAGAAACACCUGACUAAAUAAAAGCUACUGUAAUUUA